UGUUUUUUCAGCGGGUGUCCGUCUGGCCUCUUCAUUUUCUGCGCCUUGUGUCCGUCCACCUGGCCGCGCUUCGUCGAGCAUCAGAGUCUUGACGUCGCACAACUUGGCGCGCAGAGAGCAGGGUUCUCGUUCGGUCUUCUUAGGUGUGGGACCCUAAAUAUGUCAGUCAGAUUCGAGAGCGAACAGUCGUCGUCGCAGUGCGAGUACAAAGGCCUUAGCUUUGUGAUUGGUACAAAGCCGUUUCUUGAUUGGCGGCGGCUUCUACAUGUGUAAGCAGCUGUUAAGCAAAGGAUCUUCUACCGUGUGACACGUGGCUACUUCCGCGGCCACUGUCUGGAGACAACGUAACAUCCUCACGUCUCUGAUUGACUCAGCUGCCAGCAGCUUGCAGCAGCAGGUUGCAGCUGGCAGCGGCUAAGCGAGCAGCAUCUUCCCCAGUGUGACACGUGUCGAAUUCGUAAGCAAGCUAUCAGCUAUGGCCGACUUCAAUGGCGAUGAGACAGCUCCUUUCUUCGGUUUCUUGGGCGCCUCCUCAGCGCUCGUCUUCGCAUGUAUGGGAGCGGCGUAUGGGACCGCAAAGAGUGGUGUCGGGGUCGCGUCGAUGGGUGUAAUGCGACCUGAGCUGGUGAUGAAGUCCAUAGUCCCAGUGGUUAUGGCGGGAGUUCUAGGAAUUUACGGGCUAAUUAUAGCCGUCAUCAUUUCAACCGGCAUCAAUCCGAAGGCUAAGGCGUACUAUCUGUUCGACGGCUACGCGCACUUGUCAUCUGGACUGGCAUGUGGGCUGGCAGGCCUCUCAGCCGGCAUGGCCAUCGGAAUCGUCGGAGACGCGGGAGUUCGAGCCAACGCGCAGCAACCGAAGCUCUUCGUGGGAAUGAUUCUCAUCCUCAUUUUCGCCGAGGCGCUGGCGUUGUACGGGCUGAUUGUCGGCAUUAUCUUGUCCUCUCGUGCUGGGCAAUCGCGCGGCUAAACUGGGAGCCAAUUAGGUAAAAUGUGUGUGUUGGGGGGAGGGGGGCGGCGGGAGAGGGGGGGAGGAAUUAGGGUUCGUUGAUCCCCCGGGUAGUUUUACGCUACAAUCCUUACUUGUUACUGUAGGUUCUCGAGUGAAUGAUAGGAGGAUUCAUACCGUAUUUUUUCUGCCUUGCUCUCUCUCUGUCACUUGUCUCUUCGUUUCUGUCCGUCUGUCUCUCUGUCUCUAUUCGUCUAUCUAUCUAUCUAUCUAUCUAUCUAUCUAUCUAUCUAUCUAUCUAUCUAUCUAUCUAUCUAUCUAUCUAUCUGGCUAUCUAUCUAUCUGUCUGUCUACUAUCUCUGUGUGUGUGUGUUUGUCUGCCCAUCUGUCUGUGUUUGCCAGCAAUUGCUCGGGACUUGUCUUGUCUGGCAACGCUUUUUCUUGCGUUUAUUCUUUGUGUGGCAAUCUCUCUCUCCUUCUCCCCCUCUCUUUUUCUCUCUCCCUCUCUUUCUCUCUCUCUCUCUUUCUCUCUGUGCGCGUGUGCGCACGUGUGAGCGUGGGUGCUUGUCACCGAGUGAGUAUGUCGGCGUUCAUGUGUCUGUGCGGCUAGCUCGAGAUUGUUAUUGGAAUUUGCAGCCGUAAUAAUGAUAAUAAUAAUAAUAAUAUUCGUUUGUUUCUCCCAAGCUAGGUAGCGAAGGGGGAUUUGGCCGAAUGCGAAAUGGGAGGAACGAUUUUCGCACUUUGUCGGAAAGGUGUCGUCGUUGGCGAUGAGUGGUAAGAUUGACGAUGAGCGGGAAGAUUGUCGAUUUCAACUUCGAGCGUUCAUUUAUAAGAAUCCCUCUGUUUAACUGGGGGAAUGAUUCUUUGAUAUUAUUCUUUGUUCAGACCUGAAUGGAUUGAGAGUUUGAACACAGUCACUUUGGCUCCGUGCGAGGAGCAUGCACCUGUCACGAAGUGAGAGAGAGAGAGAGGAAUUUCCGAAGAGGUAGGGCGGCGGGGAAGCGGAGGGAGCGGAGGGAUGUGGAUGUUGUUGGGAGCGCGUGCAAAACACAGAGAGAGAGGGAGAAUCGGAUUCGCACAGUUAGUGUGUGGUCUACCCUAGACCCCGACAGAAUGGCACGAGGGUUGGUACCAAAAUCACGACCAUAAAUCGGGGGCAUACGUGGUUUUGGAAACGGGAUGGGCAAACCAGAGUUCAGCGAAGGAGGCAGAGAGAAUUCCUGCGCUCAGAUUUCUGCUCAUACACACACACACACACAGACCUCCUGAUGAGUCGGUGAAAGUCCGACCAAACAGUCUGGUACAGUCAUGCUUUUUUUGAGUGUAUAGCGAAUAUGACAACACACAGAGAGAGAGAGAGAGAGAGAGAGAGAGAGAGAGAGAGAGAGAGAGAGAGAGAGAGAGAGAGAGAGAGAGAGAGAGAGAGAGAACUGUUUUUGCAAACCGGCGAGUGGAUGUCUGAGCUACAAUCACUUACGAUGGGGAAAGGAUAUUAAGUAACAGAAGGGAAGAGAGGAAUCGCCAGAAGGUAAGAUUUGAAAACGUAUGAUCAGAGAAUGACCCACUGGAUGGUGGUAUUUACGGGGGAUGUGUUGACCCGUUUUCACGGCCACUUUUGUUACGGGGGUAAUAAGACCUGUGCAAUCAGACCCU